UGUCCCUGCAGCUGUCGGCGCGGGAGUGGCGUGCGGUGUAUGUGUCCGUGGUCUCGGUGCUCAAACACCUGCUGGUGGGCCUGGUUCUGGUGGCGCUGGACUUCCUGGUGUUCUGGAUGAUGGAUCAGGUGCACCACCAGGUGAAGGGGGACGUCGUGGCCAGAGCGCCGGUGAAGGUGACGCUGCAGGUGAACGGGUCGGGCUACGCCUCGGACAUCUUCCGAGACCUGGUGGCCUCGUUCGCCGUCCUGCAGCGAGGGAACGUCACCGUGAUCAGCAGGAAGUGUCUGCUGCCGCCGUCGGAGCCGGACUACGCCGGCUGCUUCGUCCUGGGGUUCCUGCUGGGUCUGGCUCUGCUGAUCGCUCUGUUCGGAGGACUCGUCAGGCGCAGCAGCAGACCUACCUGUCUGUGCUCUUCUAUCAUCCAGAGAGAGAGCUAG